GAGCACAUGACUUUAUUCUUAUCAAAUGACAGCUCCUAAUUUUGAGGUUAGACUUAAAGUGAUCACACUUUUUUUGUCAAAAAAAUGGAAACAUUUACCAAUGAAGAAUUAACACUGCCGCCCUGUAAAUACGAAUAUUUGGAUCACACUGCAGAUGUCCAAUUACAUGCUUGGGGUGACAGCUUAAAAGAAGCCUAUGAACAGUGUGGCCUUGCUAUGUUUGCUUAUAUGACUGAAAUUAAUACAGUAGAAAUUAAACAGUGUUCAGAAAUUGAAGCGACGGGACACGAUUUAGAUAGUUUACUUUUCCAUUUUUUGGAUGAGCUUUUAUUCUUAUUUAGCUGUGAACCAUUCUUAAUUUGUAGUAAAUUAGUUAUCACAGAGUUUAUAACAGAAGGAGAGGAAUUGAAAAUUAAAUGCAAAUGUUACGGGGAAGAAUUCACAUUAGGAAAACAUCCACAAGGCACAGAAGUAAAAGCCAUCACAUACUCCGCUAUGCAAAUAAUUAAUGACCCGGAAAACAAGAAGUUUGAAGUUUACGUUAUUAUAGACAUUUAAUAAAUAUUUAUUUUCUAAUUUCA